AAUUAAAUGAGAUGAAUAAAUUAAGUGAAUGAAAUAAGAAACACUGUUGGAAAAUAUGAAUUACCCAAUCUAUCAUACUUUCAUUUUCAUCAAUAACUCCUGAUUAAUUUUUUAAUUCCCUAUACCGACUGUUUUAGGUUAAUGUUUUAAAGGAUUCAUUUGCAGAACUGCCUAAUGGAAGAAUAGAAAAUAUUAUGUUGAUUUUUUGUCGUUGCAGAACAUUUAUUAAAUAAUUAUGAUAUAACGACUUUUAAAUCAGACAGGAAGUGUAUCCCUCACCGUGCUAUGGCAUUUCAAAGUAUUUCCCAAACUCAUAAAAAACAUGAAAUGUCGCAAGAUAAUGUUAAAGUAAAAGCUAGUGUGAUAACAAGGAAGAAAACAUGUUUUAGAAAUGUAUUCUUGUUGCAUGAAAAACGAAGAAAUGAGCAGUAAAUUUACAUGUUUGCGUUCAAAGCCUUUAUUUUGAAGGCGGCGAGAAAGUGCGCUCGUCCAAUCAGAGGCAAGGGAUCCAGGAAGGAAGUAUCACUGUGCAUGUUGUUGCAAUAACAUGAACAGAACUUCCUUAUAAUUCUCUACAUGUGUUCCCUCCACAAAUAACCGUUUUCUAAAUCUGUAACGCGAAUAUUUACACAGAGGAAGACGACUUUAAGAUGGGAUACAUGAUGGUAGAAGAGCACAGCGGCACGCUGCUCCACCUGAAGAGAUCUCCAGGCAUCCGCUCCUGGUCUCUGCUCGUUGGUAUAGCAUCUGUUGGGUUUGCGGCUGCAUACUACAGCUCAGACAGCUUGUUGUGGAAGCUGUUCUACGUGACGGGCUGCGUGUUUGUGGCCAUGCAGAACAUGGAGGAGUGGGAGGAGGCCGUGUUCGACAAAACCAAAAACCUGAUCGAGCUCAAGACUUUCAGUUUGUACGCUCUAGUGUUGACGCUAUGGAAGAAAGGCCACGAGAAAACUGUGUUGGAUCUGACACAGCUGUGUGACGUCUGCGUUCAGGAGGAGAAAGUUAGAUAUCUGGGGAAGGGAUACCUGCUGAUGCUGAGGCUGGCUGCAGGAUUCUCCUACCCCCUCACCCAGAGCGCCAUGCUGGGGGGACGCAGUGAUGUGGAGGCGCUGGCUGCCUUGUUGAAACGUUUCCUGGGUCUGGAGGAGCUGCAGCAGCGCAGGCUGAAGGAGGAGGAGGCUCAGUAUGGAGGGGAAGAGGAGGAGGAGGAUUCUUUGGAUAACAGCAGUGAUUCAGAGAAGGAAGCAGAAAAACGAUGAUCCAUCUGGGAACACUUUAUCGAGGCUCCAGGUUUACAGAUACUGUUAGCAUGUGCAUGAAACAUCAAGCCUCGAUGGGGGUUGGGGUUAUGGCAGCUUUAGGAGGCUAGAGUAAAAUAUUUAAAUUACAUUUUUCUUGUGAACUGUGAAGGCGAAGGCAUCACAUUUAAGUACACUGUGUUUUUCUUUGGUGGUAGUGGAUCAUGGAAGUUCAUCAUUUCAGUCAGCUUCUCCCGGUUAGGAUUACUUUGUUUUCAUUCAUUCAGGAGGUUUUUAGCAGAAGCCAAAUUAUCCACAAAGGUCUCCUCCUUCACAAACGUGUCAAUCCUUUGAAGUAAAACUGUUCUAAACUCCUGAAUAAAUCAAGUUUCUCAUUAAAAA